GUCAGGCAUGGCGGUCCUAUGACCUGUAGCGGAGUAAACAUUUGCCCUAAUGAUGUUUUAACGAGACACUAGACAUUUUAAAGCCUGCUAACAUAGAAAGGCCAGCUGCAAUUUGCCCCUUCUGCCUAUUAGUUUUAUAAAUGUUAUCGUUAACAGACGGAACGCUUGUCUUUGCCGUACAAAGUCAAGGAAUCUAUAUACUUAGCGUCAUAUUAUCGUAGCACAGGAAGCUAGCAAUCGCGGUGCAAAAUCCAUCUAACGUUAAUCUGGCAUUCUCCGGGAGGCCGGGAGGGCAACCAUGCAAGGUGAAACCACAGGAAUACGAAUGUCUGAAAGCGAAGGAAAACUCGAUGGCCUAACCCAGAGCAGGACACAGGGUUCCAUUACAAGAGGAAGCUCUAAAAGUUGGCAAUACAGCGAUCACAUGGAAAAUGUCGAUGGCUAUCUGAUGAAGUAUACCAACCUGGUCACUGGGUGGCAAUACAGGUUCUUUGUCCUAAACAAUGAGAUGGGGGUCUUGGAGUACUUUGUCAAUGAACAGUCACGAUCUCAGAAACCACGAGGGACAUUACCUCUGGGGGGUGCAGUGAUCUCUCCCAGUGAUGAGGACUCGCACACGUUCACUGUAAAUGCCAUCAGUGGAGAGCAGUACAAACUCAGAGCUGCUGAUGCCAAAGAGAGACAGCAUUGGGUGAGCCGGCUACAGAUAUGCACACAACAUCAUACCGAAGCCAUGGGAAAGACCAACCCUCCACUGAAGAGCCGCAGCCUGUCUGUGGCCUCCCAGGGCAGUGGCUCCCCCAGCUCUCAGCGCCGGAGCAUCAGCCAGAACACCGGCUCCGUCUUUGGCAUCUCCCAGAUGCACCGCGGCUCCAACUCCCCUUACUCCAGUAAACGCUCGCUCUUACCAGACCACCUGCUGGAGGCCCGAGAGAUGAUGAAUCAGGCUCAGGGGCAGCACAGGGACCUGAUCCUCAGCAUCGAGGGCCUGCCACCGUCCGCCGGGCCGUCUCCCCUGGACCAGGACCUCCUGCUGCUCAAGGCCACGUCUCUGGCCACCAUGACCUGCCUGAGCGACUGCCUGCACAUCCUCCAGCUGCAGCAGGUGGCGCGCCAGAGGAUUCCCCUGGGAGGGCCCACCAUCGAGUGGCUGGAGCCCAAGUUGCCUGACCUGCUGAAGAACGGCGGCUCUCUGACCAGCCUGGCCAAGGAUGACGCCGGUAAGACCGAGGGGGCCGUGCUGGAGCCCCUGGAGAUGGACUCCUGCGAUGCCGUCGGGGAGCAGGAGGAGAUCAACGCGGACGAGGAGCUGGAGGACUCGGCACCGGACGAGGAGGAGGAGCUGGCUGCCGAGGAGGAGGAGCGCAGCGUCAUCCUGCACCUCCUGUCACAGCUCAAACUGGGCAUGGACCUGACACGGGUGGUUUUGCCCACGUUCAUCCUGGAGAAGCGCUCGCUGCUGGAGAUGUACGCGGACUUCAUGUCGCACCCGGACCUGUUUGUGGCCAUCACAGACGGGCCCAGCCCGCUGGAGCGCAUGGUGCGCUUCGUGGAAUACUACCUGACCUCCUUCCACGAGGGCCGCAAGGGCGCCAUCGCCAAGAAGCCCUACAACCCCAUCAUCGGCGAGACCUUCAACUGCUCCUGGCGGGUGCCCAAGUCGGAGGCGGGCAGCGCAGCGGCCGGCACUCCCCCGCCGGGCCCCCCGGAGGCCUCGGACUCUUACCUGCUGCGCUUCGUGGCCGAGCAGGUGUCCCACCACCCGCCCGUCUCCGGGUUCUACGCCGAGUGCCAGGAGAGGAGCAUCUGUGUCAACACCCACGUGUGGACCAAGAGCAAGUUCAUGGGCAUGUCCAUCGGCGUCUCCAUGGUGGGGGAAGGCUGCCUGCAUCUGCUGGAGCACGGCGAGGAAUACACUUUCACGCUGCCCUCGGCCUACGCCCGCUCCAUCCUCACUGUCCCCUGGGUGGAGUUGGGGGGAAAGGUCAACGUUAACUGCACCAAGACGGGCUACUCGGCUGCCAUCACAUUCCAGACCAAGCCCUUCUAUGGUGGCAAGCUGCACAGAGUGAGCGCCGAGGUGAAGCACAACCCCACCAAUGUGGUGGUGUGCCGAGUGCAGGGCGAGUGGAACGGCGUGCUGGAGUUCAGCUACACCACGGGCGAGACCCGCAUCAUCGACGUCACCAAGCUGCCCGUCAACCGCAAGCGCGUGCGCCCUUUGGAGAGCCAGGGCCCCUACGAGUCCAGGCGCCUGUGGCAGCACGUGACGGAGUCUCUGAGGCAGAGGGACAUCGAGAAGGCCACGGAGCACAAGCGCUUCCUGGAAGAGCGGCAGAGGGCUGAGGAGAGGCAUCGCACAGAGACCCACACGCCCUGGAGGACCAAAUGCUUUGAAAGAAAAGGUGAAGGCUGGGUGUAUUAUCAGCCGCUGUGGAAGACAGCCGACCAGAGCCCGACAUUGAGCACCUCUCAGACCAAUCUCUGAGCUCCCCAUGAGGCUCUCCACACCCCCAACCCCCCUACAUCACACGUUCCAUUUCUUCUCUCUAAGGACAGAACCCCCCCCCUCCCCUCCCCAUACCCACUCUUCAAAUGAUUUGCUUAUUCAGGGUGUGAGACUGUCGUGCAUCGUGGAAUGGUGGAAACUGCUCUCCUGGCAGAGUGAGGCACUUGUGAUUUCUUUGCAUCCCCUCGAUUGGAGAUUUUCUUGUGUUUUAUUUUUUUUUUGUUUGUUUGUUUUUUGUAUCAUUUAUGUGCAGACUGCUCUCUGGACUGUCCCUGGGUGCACACAGAUAUCCUUUUGCUGACGUUGCCUUAAAUGAGAUGUGCUUGUUGUUUAUGUGCAAUGAGUGAUGGUGUGCUAUAGGGUGGUGGUUGGACCCGUCUCAUUUGUUGUUUGUUGGUUUGUCUGUCUUUGUUUGUUUUUGUUUGUUUUUUGUUUGUUUUCUGUUUGUCUCUCCCAUCUGAACUGGUGCCACAUUUAACACUGAUUGUGGCGUCAGUUCAGUUUUAAACUGAAAUUUGAAAUGUAGUUUUUAAAAUGAAAAUAAAUUAACUGUUCAAAUUAAGUGAUAUGCUGAUGGGUAUGAUGAAUGAUGAAGGAUCCUCAACAACGAAGGGAAUAUUUAAUUUUCUUGUUGCAGGAUGCUGUGGACCUUUGAUUAAAGACUAUGUAAAAAGGCUCUGGCUUUUAAUGUGUUUUGCAGUCGUUAUGCAUGAAGAAGCAACCAGUUCUUAUGUGUUGCUGAACUCUCUCUGAAGUGUGAAGCUGUAAUGUGACCAAUCAGAUGGAUUCUGGCUUCUCUGAAUGGAUUUGAGCAGCAGUCCGAUCAACAACUGAUGCUCACAGUACAGCUUUUCAGAUAGGAAAGACAAGGGAGGUUUGGUCAAAGGCUGGUUUGUACUGUACGUAGAGCCACCAGUGAGAGCCAAAGACACCCACUCUCCCCUGUAAAGCUCCGAGGGCCUCCUCUCAGAGUGCCGAGUGGCGUGGAAACCACUUGUGAUUGGACGCCGUUCUGGGAGCCUCACUUGCACACUCUCGACAUUCCACGCCCCCCCUUAUCUCGCCACCCGAGUUGCAUUAUGCAUGUAACUGCUCAUCUAUGCUCUCUCGCUGGUAUGAAUCUACCUCGUCUCGAGCCAUCUGUUCUCAAGGGCAAUCAAACGUUGGAGAGAAAGUUUGUGUUCACUUGGGUUUUUGGUUUCCCCUUGCUCUCCCCUUGCUCUCACUUCUCCUCUCUUUCUCUCUGUUGUUUCUGAAUUUCAAUUGUAACUGGAUCAAGUGAACGCUCUGGACAGAGGGAAAAGUAGUUUUUGAAAUUAUAUGAACAUUGUGCAUCAUCUGUUUGUGAGCUAAUGAAGGCAGGGCCAGUUGGUGGAUGCCUGCUAACUCUCUGCGUGGUUAUCAGUUCUUUGGUAAUGGUUUGAAUCAAGCUUGCUCCCAGUUUAGCAACACGUGGCGUGAAUGCAGGAUGUUGAGAAACUUGUGGUGCCUUAUUUGUAUUUGUCUUCCAACCCCACCCCACCACCGCAUUCCAUCUCCCCACCUCAGCUUUCCCAUAAUAUAGACAGAGAGGUGAGAGGGAAACCCCCUCCACACACAGACACACACACACCACCGUCUCUGUACGCAUAUCCCUCCUGGGCUCGCUACAGAGCUGAGGACGCAUUCUGUCUACUUGAGGAUUGUGAGAUGUGACCCCUGGACUUUUCUUGUCCUCCCCCACGCCCCCUCUUUUGUUUUUGUGUUCUCCAUUCCAUACUGUAUAUCUUGCUGAGCUGUGAAUUGCACUGAUAUUUUAACAACACUCCCUGUAGCCUGAGAAGUCCUGAUGAAUGAAUAAAAUUGCUAAUAUAUUUGUUGAGGA